CCUUCUUCCUCCUCCUCCUCCUCCUCCUCCUCCUCCUGCUGUCCCAGCUCUGGAGAGCGAAGGGGCAGAGCCCGGCGGGGGGGUGAGGGAGGGAGGAGCUUCCCGGGAAAUCUCCGAUCCCCUCGGAUCCCGUUCUCCGCCCUCCCCGCCGAGUUAAAGGGGAAGAGCCGAGGAUGGUGGAGAACUCUCCGGCCCCGCUGCCAGAAAGGGCAAUCUAUGGAUUUGCGCUUUUUUUGGGCUCGUGGUUUGGCUUCAUUUUGUACCUGAUCUGGGCUUACAUUCCUGAGACUUGGCUGUUCUCCCUGGGACUGACAUACUGGCCUCAAAAGUACUGGGCAGUUGCUCUGCCAGUUUAUCUCCUGGUGGCUGUGGGAAUUGGUUAUAUUUUGCUUUUUGGGAUUAACAUGAUGAGCACAGCUCCACUCAACUACACUCACACCAUCACAGAUAACUUUGCAAAAAAGCAGCAGCAGAAGAAAUUCCAAGAGGAGGCAAUUCCAGCACUGAGGGAUAUUCCCAUCAGUGAAGUCAACAGGAUGUUUUUCUUCCCUGAAAAAGGGAUCUGCAAUAGCAGAUAGUUGUUACUAAAGUCUGUGUGAACUGAGAAUUAAUAAAACUUAAAGAGGGACAGUUAAAACCUCUCCAAGAUAAAAAUAAAAAUCCUUUCAGCUUUUUUCCCCACCCGUGAAUUUUUAAUUAAAUUUAUAUGAAAAAAUAUUAAAUUUUAUUUUUAUUAUUAUUAAUAUGGACCUUAAUACUCUGAAUUGCUGUGAGAAUUAUGCCCCAAUAAUUUAUCUGGUUAUUCUGUAAGAAUUUUAAAAAGUAGGUUUAAAAGUGUUCUGUUACUUGAAGCCUUCUGCUUGGACUUCCCCUCUGAGAGGGAAAAAAAAGCAGCUUUUGGACAGAGUUUAAUUCUAUUUCUCUUGGAAUUCAGGGAGAGAAAAUUUGUUUUGUGCAGUCAGACGCUUGGGGAUCUUUUUAAAGUAUUAAUUGGAAGUGUUUGUGUUGUAAAUAUAUUAUUUGCCUUUGUAAA